ACUGACUAUAACUCAACUAAAAAAAAAAGUUACUCUCCCUAAAAUCAUCUUUACUCAGAACAUGCAUAUUUGCGUAAUAACAUUGAUGAAACUGCAGUUUUAGGUCAGUCUAGGAGCUAAAGUGUUAGCACUGAUUUUAGACAGAUACUUGUUCAGCUUGAGCUGUAUGAGGGAAAGAAACAUACACACAGAUAUGGAGGUGGUGGGAUUCAUACUCAAGUCUGUCUGACCCAGAGCCCUGUUUUCUCCACCCAGCACAGUGCCUUUGUGCACAGAGUAGGCACUUUGCGGAGUACAUAUUGAAUGAAGUCACUAAUCUGGAACAGGUCAAAAUUCCCUGCAACUAUGUAUCCUUCAGAUUACAGAGUACCUAUGCUAUUGUUGAUUCUCAGUAUUUUAUUCAGUGCCUGGUACACCACAGUACUCAACAAAUGUUUGUUGAAUUAACGUAUGUUAAGAUGCUGUUGAUGCUCUUAUUUGUAGUGUUUUGUUUAUGUUAGCACAGAAUGUAUGUUCACUAAUUUAAUUGAAUGAUGACUGUCAUUGAUCUUCUGUGUAGCUGGAUUAAUUUUGGUUGCUGACCAUAAAACUGCUUUUCCUUUAGAUUAGAAGGGUCCUUGGAACGUUUAGAUUCUUUAUGUAAUCAUUUCAAGCAUGGGAUAUUUACAGCUUCAAAGUUUUAAGAGAUAAACAGAUGAAAAGCUGGCUUUCAUCCUGCUGGACUGUUAUUUGGAAGGAAACUUUAAGAUUAUCUGGUCAAACUUACCUCUUAUGCUUAAGUAAGUGUCACCACUGCCACAACUACCACCACUGUUACUUCCAUUAAUUAUCACAAGUUAAGCACUAGACAUUUUACACAUUGCUCCUACGAAUCCUAAUGUUUGAUACAUUAUUUGAGAUAUUAUUAUCCCACUUUGACCAUUCAGGAAACUUGGGGUCAGUGAGAACAAACAAGUUAUCCAGGGUGGCAAACCUAGAUUGGAACUCGGGCCUUCUGAUCCAAAGCCCUUGGAAGAAAGGCCCGUGCUCUUUUCUCUGGACAGUACUGUCAUCAACAUCUCUGUACUACACAGGGCACUCAUCCUUUGGAUGAGUUUGUUUCAUUUUUGAACAACUCUUAUUACUAGAAAAAAUUUGCAAUAAUAUCUAUCCCUCCACUCUUUAUUCAUUAAAGUUUUCUCUGAAUUCUGCAGAAUACCUAUAGACUGAGAAAUCUCAUCGUACAUAAACGGGGCUUGAGGUCUAUAUUUUUGUGGGGUUUUUUCUUUUUUCCUUUUUUACCCUUUGAAUAAGGUUUAGUUGUUAUUUGGAUUUGUUUUAUGUAAUUGUAAUUGUUAUAUAAUGUCAUAGCCUGUGUUUAUUUAGUUGACUUUCCAUCCUGAAAUCUUUUCUCAUUUUCUUCUAUGGUCUUCAUUCAUAAAUAAUAAUUUUCAUAAUGUGAAUUUUAGGGAGGGGAUUUACCUUGGUUUAUUCAUGACUCCCUUAUUACCAGGCAUUUCAGGUUAUAAGUAACACAUUGAUAAAUAUCUUUGUCCAUACAUUGCUUUUUGUAUUUAGGUACAUACUGAACAUGACUCCUUAAUUUUAGUACAGAUAUUGGAGUUACACAAGGUUGAAAUACUGUGCCUAUUUGAAAUACUUGAUCUAGCUUACAGAAAAGGCCUACUGGUUGCAAUUUUAAGAAGGCAGGAGAUCUCAUUAUAAGCCACCUUCAUUUCACCAGGUGCACAUCCCGACUAUGUAGCUCUGUGUCUUCAGGCAGGAAGGAGGCAGGGUGAUCUUUAGGUAGUGGGGAAUAGGGGUAUGAGAUCACAUGUGAUCUGUGACAAACAGAUAAAAAGCAAGUGGAAGUAACUAAAUUUAGGUAAUCUCUUAAUUACUACUGCAGGAAUUGAAGGGUUUGGGGACUGAAGAAUGAACAUUUUAUUUCCCUGAACAGCUUGUUAAAUGUUCUUUUUAUGCUCAGUCAUAUUGCGUAGGAACUUGUUUUUAAGUAGAAGAUAGAGUCUGAAGUUUUAUGUAUACAGAUUAAAAACUGAGGCUAAAAUUGAAUCUUAUUUUAGCUUUAUAAUAUAAUAGGGUUUAUAAUCCUUUUAAAAUGUUUGUCUUCGUUUUCUUCAUUUGAUGUCAACUCCCUACUUCAAAAAUAUUUAUAGUGCCUACCAUAUGUUGAUAAAUGAAGAAAACUAGUUGCAGAAAUGUAUAUACAGCAUGAUACCAUUUAGGUAAAACAACAACAACAACAACAAUAACAACAAAAACAAAACUGUGUGCCUGGCACAUAGUAGGUACUCAGUAGCUGUUGACUCUGUGUGUAUACAUGUAAACAGAUCCGAAGACAUAUAAUUGGAGAGGUUACCUCUGGGAAGAGGUUUGUGAUAUAAAGUGUGUUUUUAUUCUGUGUACUUUUAUGUUUCAGUUUUUUGCAAUGAGCAUGUGUUACUUUUGUAUACUUUUUUUUUAUAAUGAUUAAAAAAUGAAGAAAAAUCUACAACUAAGGAUAGGUAGCUCCUUCCCAAGUAGAUCCACUGCUUCUUUAUACCCUGAUGUGCUUGCCAACCCCUAUCAGACAAAUACUCUGACUCUACAGAAUUACUGCUUCUCUAAGAAGAGAGAUGAGCAUUGAUCAAAUCUGUUUGUUUGGUGCCAUUUCCAUGUAAUCUAAUAAGCUUUUGUAAACAGAAUUUUUCUAAGGAAAAAUUUCAAACAUACAAGCAUAGAAUUAUAUCUACCUCCCAGCUUCAACAGUUACUAACACAUGGCAGUCUUUUAUCCUCUAUAGCCCCCACACCCACCCCCCUGGAUUAUUUUCAGGCAUAUCUUAGAUACAUCAUUUUAUCAAUAAAUGAUCAGUAUGUAUAUCUAAAACAUAAGGAUUCUUUUGACACAACCAAAAUACCCACAUCAUACUUAAGGAUGUGCAAUAAAUUAUUCCUUUAUGUCAAUCACCUAAGAAGUUUUUAAUACUCUGCAAUCUAAUUACUGUCAAUUUAAAUUGCUAUUUUAUUUACUUUCAUUGUUUGUAUCCUUCAAGUACUUUUAACUAGUGUCUUUUUUCCAUUCAAAUUUAGUAUACUUUUUCCCACUAGAGUUGUAAUGAAACCAAAAUGAUAGUUUUUGCUUUUGACAUCUAUGCUUAUAUUUCUUAAAAUAAAAAUCAGAAGCUUGAAUAAAUGGCUGGGUAUCUUCACUUAACAAAUUUUAAAAAUGAUUCAGGUAUAUAUUAUUGCAUUAUGCUACAUUAGAAUGGAAAGCUAUUCGUACCUUGAUAGCAAAGUCACACAAUUCACAAGUCAUGGCCAAAAUUAUUCUUUUUCUCAAGUGUUUUUCUGAUAGUUUGUCUGACUUUAAUAUUUUUGUUUCAUAUAGGUCCCUAAUUAAUAGAAGAUGGCAAAGCCCAGCCACAGCAGCUACGUCCUUCAGCAGCUAAACAACCAAAGGGAAUGGGGUUUUCUCUGUGACUGUUGUAUUGCGAUUGAUGACAUUUACUUUCAAGCACACAAAGCAGUUCUGGCUGCCUGUAGCUCCUAUUUUAGAAUGUUUUUCAUGAACCAUCAGCACAGUACUGCACAACUGAAUCUCAGCAACAUGAAAAUUAGUGCCGAGUGCUUUGAUCUCAUUUUGCAGUUUAUGUAUUUAGGAAAAAUUAUGACAGCUCCUUCCAGUUUUGAGCAGUUUAAAGUGGCAAUGAACUACCUACAGCUGUACAAUGUUCCUGACUGCUUAGAAGACAUACAGGAUGCAGAUUGUUCCAGUUCAAAAUGUUCAUCUUCUGCUUCUAGCAAACAGAACAGCAAAAUGAUAUUUGGGGUAAGAAUGUAUGAAGACACCGUAGCUAGAAAUGGCAGUGAAGCCAAUAGGUGGUGUGCAGAGCCAAGUUCAACAGUAAAUACACCCCAUAAUAGAGAGCCUGAUGAAGAGUCUUUGCAAUUAGGUACUUUUCCUGAACCACUAUUUGAUGUAUGUAAGAAGAGUUCUGUGUCCAAAUUAUCUACUCCAAAAGAACGUGUGUCACGACGCUUUGGACGGAGUUUUACCUGUGAUAGUUGUGGAUUUGGCUUUAGCUGUGAAAAAUUAUUAGAUGAGCAUGUGCUAACCUGUACUAACAGACAUUCGUACCAAAACACAAGAUCCUAUCACAGAAUAGUGGAUAUUAGAGAUGGGAAAGACAGUAAUAUCAAAGCUGAAUUUGGUGAAAAGGAUUCUUCUAAAACAUUUUCUGCACAGACAGACAAAUACAGAGGAGACACAAGCCAGGCUGCUGAUGAUUCAGCCUCAACCACCGGCAGCAGAAAAAGUAGCACAGUGGAGUCUGAACUAGCCAGUGAAGAAAAAAGCAGAGCUGCUGAGAGGAAAAGAAUCAUUAUCAAGAUGGAACCAGAAGAUAUUCCUACAGAUGAACUGAAAGACUUUAACAUUAUUAAAGUUACUGAUAAAGACUGUAACGAGUCCACUGACAAUGACGAAUUAGAAGACGAACCUGAAGAGCCAUUUUAUAGAUACUACGUGGAAGAAGAUGUCAGUGUUAAAAAAAGUGGGAGGAAAAGUCUGAAACCUCGAAUGUCAAUAAACGCGGAUGAAAGAAGUGGUUUGGAAAAUCUAAGGCCCCCAAACAACAGCAGUCCAGUACAAGAGGAUACUGAAAACGCAUCUUGUGAGCUCUGUGGGCUCACGAUCACCGAGGAGGACCUGUCGUCUCACUACUUAGCCAAACACAUCGAGAAUAUCUGCGCAUGUGGUAAAUGCGGACAAAUACUUGUGAAGGGUAGACAGCUUCAGGAACAUGCCCAGAGGUGUGGAGAACCCCAAGAUCUGACGAUGAACGGGUUAGGAAACACCGAGGAGAAAAUGGACAUGGAAGAGAAUCCUGAUGAGCAGUCUGAAAUAAGGGAUAUGUUUGUUGAAAUGUUGGAUGAUUUUCGGGACAAUCAUUUCCAGAUAAACAGUAUCCAAAAAAAGCAGUUAUUUAAACAUUCUGCCUGUCCUUUUCGAUGUCCUAACUGUGGCCAGCGUUUUGAAACUGAAAAUCUAGUAGUUGAACAUAUGUCUAGCUGCCUAGACCAAGACAUGUUUAAGAGUGCCAUCAUGGAAGAGAACGAAAGAGAUCACAGACGAAAGCAUUUUUGUAAUCUGUGUGGAAAAGGAUUUUAUCAGCGCUGUCACUUAAGAGAACACUAUACUGUUCAUACUAAGGAAAAACAGUUUGUUUGUCAGACAUGUGGAAAGCAGUUUUUAAGAGAACGUCAGUUGCGCCUGCACAAUGAUAUGCACAAAGGCAUGGCCAGUGGUCAAAUAGGGCCUUCUAAACCUCUGGAGAAGUGAGAUCUGAAUUUGGAGAGGACAUGGGGAAGAAUCAAUCUUCAACAGAUAACCUUUAAGUCCAGACCCAGGAAUAUCAGAUCUGAAGUGACACCAUCUUUUCUGUCUUCUGACAAACCUCAUCAAACCCCAAAGUUCCAGUUGCAAGGAUCCAAGAAAACUCAGUAAAUAUCACUUUGGAAUCACUUUGUUGGAAUCAAAUUGAUUCGUGGUGACUCUCCUAUCUAUUAUUUGUGGAAAAUCUGCUAAAGAAAAAUAACUGGAAUAUUCAUAUGACAUCAGUGGUUAAAGUUACACUAAAAUGAAACUUUAUAUGCUAAUUAUCUUCAAGGGUCCCUCCUAAAAUAAAAGGGCUUGCUAGGCUACUAUAAAUACAUUAUAAAGUGAGAUAAUCACAUAUCUGUAUAAACACAUAUAAUUCUAAACUUAAAAUACAUUGAAUUACAGUUUACAUAUCAUGAAAUGUAGUUAGACAAUUUCAAAAAUUACACCCCAAAAUCUGCAGUUUAGAGUAUAAAUAAAAAGAUGUGGGCACAGAGAAAAAAUUUAAGACCAAUAUUUUAAUAAGAAAAAAUAAUCUAGUUAUUGCUUCCUGUAAUGUAACAUUUGCUUUUCCUCUUUUUUCACUGUGUAUACAAACUUGAUUAUUAAUAUUAAUGGGGCUCCCUUUUAAGUCUGUUACUUGAAGAAAAAAUAGAAGUGGUACUACUUCAACAGUAGCAUAUUUUUACAAAUCACAGACAACCAAGAAGAAAGUAUCUUAAGACACAGUAUUUUCUUCUCAACUUAGUAAUGUAACCUAAUAAGGCAGGAUAAGUUUCUGUUAAACAUUUAUUCUUGGUAUUAAUGUAUAAUACCAUGCUUCUCAGCUUUCAAAUGUCAAGAGAAAUUCAACUAAGUAUUGAAUCAAACAAUGGUUAACCUGUUUAAAAAAACUUUCAUGGGAAAAUGAAAUGUUUAGUGAGAUUUUAACCUGGAGAUAACAGAUAGAUAGGUACAUAGACAGAUAGACAGACAGAUAGAUAUACACACAUUUAUUAACCAUAUGAAUCUUGCAUUAUAUCCUUAUUGUGAGUAUAUUUGUAGUUCUGGUUUUAGUUAACUGUGUACCCAAUUCAUCAUCAUCAUCAUCAUUGUUUCUUCUGCAAUAUCAAGAUGUUACAUAUUUUCAGAAAUGUUUGUUUUUAAGCCGAUUUCUUCAAAUGUUUUAAUAAGGAGUUGCACAAAGAGAUCUAACUUAGAGAAUACAUAAUAGCAUAUCAUUUAACAUCUCUAGCUAUAAAACAGAGUGAUAACUUGAAUAUUCAUUUUAAUAACCCAACUAACAAAAAAAUCACAGGGAGUUGAUUAGAAUGUGAUAGUGGGUACUGGGUUGAGAAGGGAGACGAAAAAUCCAUUAAAGACUUCAAAUUCACAUGAAUUCAACUGCUUUAAGAGAAAUAAAGCAAAAAUGCU